UAAUCAUCCUCCUGGUCAAGAGAAGACAAAAACAAAGGAGAGGAUCAGCUAAUACAUAUGCAGGUGGAUCCCAAGAUAACAAAUAUGAAGAUGAUGAUGAGGCUGAUUAUGAAAAUGUAGAACUUGAUCAAAACAUGGAUCAUGAUGACUCUGAACAGGACUGUAUUAAUAUAGACUCUGAUCAUUCUGAAGAGGACGAUAUCAAUGUGGACGCAGAUGACUCUGAAGAGGACGAUAUCAAUGUGGACGCGGAUGACUCUGAGGAGGACUAUGUCAAUGUGGACACGGAUGACUCUGAAGAGGACUAUGUCAAUGCGAAUGUUACAGAGAAUAAAAGUGUGCUGGACAAAUCUGAUGAUAAUAUUUAUGAAAUCUGUUGUGAUGAAUAGUGAGUGAAUCCAAAAUACUGUAAUUAAUGAGACUCCAAACAGAUGGGUUUAAUGAAAAAAGACCUUUAGAGUGUGAUAAACAGAGAGACAACAGAUGACUAAAUCUUGCAAAGCUUUUGUGCUAAAUAUGAGUGAUGAUAAUACAGUGCAUUUUUUAGUCUUACUGUAUUUUUAUUAAUAAGGAUUGUUUUGAAAUUAAAAUAUUAGCAAAAACUCGCUAAGAUUGUGAUAUACUGCUACAG